ACGGUAGGAGCUGAGGCAGGAUUGCUUCAAAUUCCGUUCGUAAAGCAACGUUAGUUUCAUUUGAAAGCGCUACUGAACACGAACGACGGACGAUUCGUGAUGUAUUUUUGGAGUUUUGGCUCUUAAUGCCGUAUACGAACAGUUCAAAUCUCCCGUGCUUUGGUGUCACCAGUGCAGUGCCGAAGUCUUCAGUGAUGGGUUAGCUUGUGCGGCUCUUCUAAGUAAAGUGAUGCGAUAUGUUCGUGGAAGUCAUUCGGUGGUCAGGAUUUCUUCAAAUAGUUAUGAUUGUUUUCAAUUGCAAUCUUAGUGUUUCUGCUCCUUAUAGGGAAUCUUCGAAUAGUAAUAUUCCAAUGAAGGUGAUUUGGGGUGUACCUGCAAAAGAUGUGGAAUUGCCGUGCGAUGUUACUCCUCCGCUUCCAUCCGAUUCUGUAACAAUGGUAUUUUGGUACAAAGAUGAAGGAACAAUGGCUAUGUAUAGCUUGGACGCCAGAGGUAUACCGUUGGAAAAGGCUUCUCAUCUGGCAGCCAGUCAAGACGUCGGCGCCAGGUCUUACUUCAUAGCCGAUCACCCAUCUAGAGCACGACUGAAAAUACAAAACGUCACACUCGAAGACGAAGGAGUGUUUCGUUGCCGCGUGGAUUUCCUCAACUCUCCAACAAGAAACUUCAAAGUCAACCUUACAUUAGUAGAGCUUUCGUCGACACCAAAGAUAUUCAGUGCCGAAGGUAAGCUGAUAAAAACGGAAGCCGGUCCGUUUCUGGAAGGUCAAGAACUUUUCCUCUCGUGCCAGGUGGAAGGAGGUCGACCAAGACCGUCUUUGACCUGGUGGUUCAACGGAUCGGUUCUGGACAACGUAGUCGAUACUAAAAAGGGAGCUUACACCACUGUCAAUCAACUUGUCAUAUCGAGACUACCUAGGGAGUACAAGGGCGGAAAGCUCGAAUGUAGAGCCUCUUCGAUGGACAUUGCGGAUGUGAUCAUUCGUGAAGUACCGCUAAUAAUAUAUCUGCGUCCAAAUAAAGUAAAAAUUGUGACACCAAACGAUUUGAUGUCAUCAGCAAAAACCCACACGUCCAAAUGCGAGACAUCUGGUUCUUAUCCACCGGCAAAGCUGACGUGGAUAUUGAAUGGAAGGACAAUAAAAAGUUCAGUGCUGACGGAGGAAGAGAACGAGGCCUUUUCGAGUAGUAUAGUGUCGUUGAGCGUUGAGGCCGAGGACGAUGGCACAGAGCUCGUCUGCAGGGCGGACAACCCUAGAUUCCCAGGAGGAUCUCUGGAAGACCGAAGGCAAAUACAUGUUGCAUAUUCUCCGAAAGUCGCUGUAAAGAUGCAUGGUGAUGUUACGUCAACUAUCAAAGAAGGCUCAAGCAUUGAUCUGUUAUGCAGUACAAAGUCUAAACCAGCUGCACAUAAUUACAAUUGGUAUUAUAAUGGUCACUUGGUGCGUUACAACCUGACUGCCGGUUUCCUCCCAGUGGACGACAAACUAACACUUAGGAAUAUUAAAAAGGCUGCUGCCGGAGAGUAUUCCUGUUCAGCGACGAAUACGGAGGGUGAAACCUAUAGCCCGCCUUUCCACCUGGGAGUGCAAUAUGCUCCCCGUUGUAAAGUUGGUUUCGAAGAAAUGCGAGUAGGAAUAAUGCAUGAUGAAGAGAUUAUAGUACACUGUCACGUGGAUGCUACACCGGAAGACGUGCGAUUCUCUUGGACAUAUAAUACGAGCAGGGGCGUGUUUCCUGUCCAAGCUGCAAAUAUUCAGAACAAGGGUACAAUGUCGACCCUUCACUUUACUACUAGGAACGUAGACAUUGAGUCGCUCUCUUGUUGGGCCUCUAACAUCGUAGGACGUCAAGAGGUUCCUUGCUUAUUCCACGUCGUUCCAGCUAAUAGACCUGAAUCACCAAGAAACUGUGUUUUGAAUAAUUCCACAGCUGGUUCUGUGGAAAUAGUGUGUUCAGCUGGAGCAGACGGUGGUUUAGCCCAAAGUUUCGUGCUUGAAGUAUCGGAUCUUACCGGCGUACAAAACGCUGAAAGUAUAAGUACGUUAAGUGAUCAAGCGGAAUAUGUAACGCCUCUCUUUCGAGUACUCGGAGAGGAGCCGAUUUUUAAACUACACAGUCUCCAACCUGGACGAAGUUAUCAAGCCGUCGUUUAUGCGCAGAAUGCGAAGGGGCGAUCAAAACCUCCUGUAAUCCUUUCGAACGUAAGGGUGGAUAACGUUUUGGAAAUAAUUAAUAGUGGGAUAGAUCGAGAUAAUCUUAAUUCAAAUGGAAUGGAAGAGGGGUUCCCCGUUAAGCAAAACAUUACGUUGUUAUUAAUCACUCUGGUUGCUUCAAUAUUUCUCCUAAUCAUAUGCAUUGUCUGCACAGCGAGUAUGUUAGCUUGUAAAAAGAAUAAUAACGUUGCACAAACGGUCGUUAUGAGACGACCGAGGAGGUGUAGUAAACCGAACGAGGAUUUGGAGCUGUCCGAGGCGGGAUUUGGAGAAGGAUUUCAUCGGAGAAGUGCUCAGUACAGGGCCAGCAUGUACGCGCAAGAAAUUGAUCAAGACUCCAGCGGUCAGAGGCAAACAGCUUUGGACGAUGACAAACCUACCACGCACAAUCCUUUAAGUCCGUCUGACACCGAAGAAAUCAAAAACGGGAGAUGCAAUUGCAAGUUGUUAAUGGAUCUUUUAGUCCAGACUUAAUUUUAACGCCAUCUUGUCUGCACCAAAGAGGAAACGAGUAUUAAUCAUUACAGUAGACUGUCUUAAAACAAUAUUUAUAACAGAUAAAUCAUAUUAAAUUAAAAUAGUCUCUCAUUCCAAAGUAAUCAAGUUUAGAACCUUUUUUUUAGUUAUUUUGCAAUAAAUAAAAUAGAUUUGUAAAUAUUGAAGCAUUUAGGAUUUAGACCAUUAUAUUUUCUAAUAUUCGAUUGUAUUAUAAUUAUUUCUCAUCAUAAAAUAUUUAAAAAAAAUUGGUGUCCCAAAAUUCCGUGGAUUUAAAGUCAUUUAUUUUUUGAAGUUUUUUAGAAAAUGUGUGUUGUUUCAACUUUAAAGAUAAAAAAAUUAAUUCCGUAUAACACAGAGAACUUGAUAAUUGUAAGACUUCUUCUUUCAUUGUAAAGAAUGUUCAAGUCUAAUUUCCAAGACGCCGCAUCUAAGAAGAAUAAGAUACGUUCAUAGAUGAAUCGACUAAGGAUCUAGUUUUCACCUGGAAAUCAGCGACAAGAUUUAAACUAUCCAAAGAUCAUAGAACCAGCAUAUGUUAGUUUCUACUAGUUUUCCAUUAAUGCCUUUUUGUGUCUGUAGACCUAAUAUGACUCGUUUAUCUCCAGGUUUACCUCAUUCUCCAAUCAUUGCCUGACAUUAGGUUGCUACUCAAAGUUCUUCUACCUAUUUCGGCUAUCUUCCAUUUGACACAUGUCCAAAAUUGCGUCGCUUAUAUCCGUUAUGUUGCUUAUAACAGUGCAUAGCAAUUUAUCAGAAAACCCUAUGUAGUGCUUAAACCAGUACACACUGCAAAACACAUUACUAAAACUAUUAAAUCAAAAUUUAAUUAUAUGCGUCAUCACGGUAUUCAUACAAAGUGAAUGUUGUUGAUGGGGAUUUUGUGUUGUUCCUAGGGGGUUAGUCCAGCUAUUUGAUUAACAAGUCUCUGUGAAGAGUCCGUUAACAUUUGGCAUACUUUUCUGGAAUAUGGACACUCUUCUGUAGGAUAUUUUAGUAUUUACAGUGUUUGUCGUUCAAUGUUGCAGUAUGGAAGUAGUAAUGUGGUGGAAAGUGGACAUCAACAUUCGUAGCCUUAUCCAGGUUGUAUUAAGAAGAACCGUCCAAAAGUUGCAUAUAAGCUCCAUUAUGUUACUUAUAAAGGAACCUAGCAGUUUAUUUGCCAACUCCUCUUUUUAGUCCUUGAACCAGUACGUUGAUGUUUUCUCGAAAACGUCUUGCCAAAUCAGUAACAACCCAUAUAUUAGCAACGUUUCCGCCGAUGUUGUUCUGGAUUCUCCAUUUCAUCUUAUUGAAACUCACUGCAAAACAUAUUACUAAAACUAUUAAACACAAAGGUAAUUAUAUGCGCCAACACAGUAUUCAUACAUAGUGAACGUUGUUGAUAGGGAUUUUGUGUUGUUCCUAGAUCAAAAUUUCUAUUGCAUGCAUGGCAGUGAGGUAGUUAAAGAUGAAGUUUUUUUUGGUACAUGUUCAGUUAUUUGUUAAGUCAGCUAUUUGAUUAACAAGUCUCUCUGAAGAGUCGCACCACUUCUUAACAACAUUUAUUACCAAGCAAGUAUUAUUUAUUCCAUUGUAAUUUCUGUUGUAAUGUUAAACUCCGAUAAUUUUGAGAGUGACGGAACUCCGUCGAAACUUUUGGGAUAGAUAAAUACUAUAAUGACUCUGUCGCAUGCGAACUCGACUUAAAUUUGAAGAAAUAAUUUCUGAUCAAACUAUAGGCGUUUACAGCUGAGGUGAUACCAUCGAUAUAAAAUUACUUAAUUUUCAUAAAUUAACUUUUUGUAUUUUUAAUUCAAUAUUGCAGUAUUGAAGUACCAGCCGAGUUCUGUUCACUACAAUCGGCCGUAAGCAAUGAAAAUCCUUCGAAUUCGUGUAGUUUAGUAUCAAUAUGGUGUGGAUGUAAAGCCUCAGCCGCAAGUCACCUCGGCUUACUUAUGAUACAUAUUUUUGAAAAUUGAGUUGCUUUAUGUUGAUACGAGAGCGAAGUAGCGCCUCGGCCGAAUGUGACCUCGGCUUAUUUAUGAUACAUAUUUUUGAAAAUUGAGUAGCUUUACAUGGAUAUGAGUACAAUGUAGAGCCUCGGCUGUAAGCGACCUCGGCUUAAUUAGGAUAUAAAUUAUUCGAAAUCGGGUAGUUUAGCGUCGAUACAACACAAUAUCAACAACACACAUUUAUUAACAACGUAUAAAUUUAAAAAUUAUUUUUAAGUUUUACUGUUAAUAGCCAAAUGUAGUAACUUGAUAUAUCCACUAGAUAUACUCCAUAUCCACGGAGUUUUUGGGACACUCAUUUUUGAAAACUUUCAUCAUAGAUACCUAUUUAGUUUUAUAUUAAUAAAUAAAUUAACUUCGAAGUAGAGUGAGAUGUGCCAUAUUGACAUAUAAAUCAGCAAAUCCUGUAUUUUCUCAACAAUAGUGUUUAAGUUGUACAUAUUAAAAUAAAAACAGAGUGGUUUUGCUAAUAAA